GACUGUAGUUGAAUAUGGAAACCUGCUGGUCAUUUGACUUAAAGUUGCUUGCAGAAAUGAAAGGAUAAAAUUAUGAUUCAAUUUACUACCUUUUGCUUUGAAGCUUAAACACAUUGGUUCAUUUGAUGAACAGAAACAAUGUUAACACAUCUAAAUUGCAAGAAUACUGCUUGAAGCAUGAAAAAGUUUUCAACAAUAUGUUAUGAAUAAAUUUUGAUGAGCACAUACAAGCGCCUGUUUUUAUUUUAUGCUGUUGUGGGCGAAUUUUCUUAAUGAUAAAUGAGGAAAUGGUUGCAUUCAGCUAUAAAAUACUUUUUCAGUUCUAAUUUAAAAGCUUAUCAACCAAACAUUUGCUAUACUCUAAUGCAAAUACUUAUUUCGUCAGACUUCACUGGUUCAUUGGGUUGGUUCUUUCUUUCAGGUUCCAUACCACUUCUUCUGGAAGUCUUUCACUGCUAACUGCUGGAAGAAUUGAACUCAGCACUGUAAACUAACUAAUCCAUCAUCAGUGUUGCAGUUGUAGAGUUAAUGUUUACAGUAGUAUAUUAUUCCACUUGUAUUACUUACUUAGUAAUGGCUAAAUUAGAAGGUGAAAGUGGACACAAUUCUCUACAGAUGAUAGAUAAAAGUCAAAUUUCAAAACUGCUUUAUUCACUACCAUAUUGAUGGAACUGUCUUUACUCUCCUAAUGGAAAAUGCAUUGUGUGAAAGCAUUAAAGUAUUAAGCAUGUAUAUACUCAGAGGAAAUGAAAUAUUGAAUCAUCCCAUCAAUAAUGCGGCUUUUUCAAUUGCAUGAACUACAAGUUGGAGGAGGGAUAGGAUAAACUAUCUCCAUCAACUUGCUAUAAAAGCAGGUAGUAAUUUUACCUUGUGCUUAUUCUUAGUGCAAGUUUUGAAGAUGCAGUUCGAUUUUAAGUUAUUUUUUCAAAGCUAUAAUGGAAGUGACAAAGAAGCAUAUUCGGCAUAUUUUGUUUUGAGUUUAAUAAAAGCAACAGCACAAUGGAAAGUGCGAGGAAUAUUUAUGCAGUAUAUGGGGAUCCGACAACAAGCAUAAGCCAGUGUCAAUGGUGGUUCCAGAAACUACAGCCUAGAAGAUGAGCCUUGUCCUGGAAGAUCUGUAGAACUCGACGAGGACGUCCUGCAAACUCUGGUGGAACAAAAUCUCAUCAUAACUGUUGAGGAACUAGCAGAGAAACUUGGAUUUGGUCAUUCAACCAUUCGACACCUGCUUGCCAUUGGAAAAGUCAGCAAAUUGGGUCAGUGGGUUCCUCUUAAACUUUCCGAGUUUAAUCGCGCACAGGGAGUGAAUGUGUGCUCUUCUUUGCUGUCACAUAUCACAAAUGAACCAUUUUUGGACGAAAUAGUGACUGGUAACAAGAAAUGGGUUCUCUAUAAACAUGUGAGGCACCAAAGACAGUGGGUAGGGAAAGGAGAAACAACAGCUCCCCAGCCUAAAGAAGGUCUUAACCCAUGUAAGGUGAGAUAUGAAAGGUUUAGUCCACUUUGAACUUUUAAAUGCAAACCAAACAAUAACAAAGGAGAUAUACUGCGAGUAGCUUGAGCGGCUUAUAUUAACGCUAGGAGGAAAACGAUCAUCUUUGGUUUCAAGACAAAAGGUGUUCUUCCAUCAGGAUAAUGCUCAGCCACAUACAGCGAGGAUGACAUUCCAAAGGCUGAGGCAGUUUGAAUGUGAAACAAUGCUCCACCCACCAUAUUCACUGGACAGUACCUCAUCAUUUGUUUUGCAGUCUUCAAAAUCAUUUGGACGGAAAAAAAAUAUGAAUACUGUAGACAAGGUCAGAACAGUACUGGAGGUGUAUUUUUUAUCAUGGACAAGUGAAUUUUGGAAGAGGGGCCUUGCAAGAGUACCAGAUAGAUGGAAGAGCAUUGUUGAAAAGGAAAGAAAGUAUAUUUUUUAUUACAAAAGAACUUUGUUUAUCUUAAUUUUGAAAAAUAAAAGAAGUAUAAAAAGAACUGCAUUGUUUAUAGGAUGACCCAAUAUAUUUAAUAAGGGUUCCAAAUGUUAGUAAAUGUAGAUGUUACCAAUUGUUUUAUGAGGUAAAUAUAAGGUCAGUACAAAUCUGAAAUACAACUUAUCUUCUGCCAGAAUGGAAAGAUUAGAAGUUAUGUAAAUCUCUGUUUUAUAUUGUCAUGGGAACAUCUGCUUAUAGUCUUCCAUAUAUAUAUAUAUCGUGUAUUUCAAUUAAUAAGUGAAAAUACUCUAUAGCUUUCUAAACUGUUUAUGAUUAGAAUCUAGAGGAAAUCAUAAUAAUAUUUAUUUGUUACACCAUUGCUAAGGCAGAGGUAUUGUGUUCAGUCAUGUUUGUUUGUCCAUGGACAAAGUAUCUCAAAAAUUGCUGGAUGGAUUCGGAUGGAACUUGCAGGGAUGUUUGGCCUCGUGACUGGCACGAACUGAUUAGAUUUUGGGAUCAAUCUGGUACCAGACAAGGAUUCUGGAUUAUUUUUCCUGUUUUUUACUAAUUUUUAGCAGUCAAGUUUAUUUCUGAUAUUCUCAUUUUAAAAAUCAUCUCGAGCUAAUUGUUGAGAGGGCGCUGGUGCUGCCUUGGCAGAGGUUUGCGCUUUUUGAGUGCUCUUAUUAUUAUUAUGGAUGGCAGUGGUCUGCCAGAAUCAGUAGCAUACUGGACAAAAUGCUUAGCAGUAUUUCAUCUGUUGCUCCAUCCUGGGUUCAAAUUCUGACAAGGCCAACUUUUCUUUUCAUCCAUUUGGGUUAAAUAAAAUAAGCACUAGUUGAACACUGGGAUCAAUGUAAUCAACUCAAUUCCUCCCCCAAAAUUGCUGCCCUUGAGGCAAAAUUUGUAUUAUUAUAAUUAUUAUUAAGGCUGCGAGCUGGCAGAAUCAUUAGCAUGCUGGACAAAAUGCUUAGCAGUAUUUUGCCCUUCACUACAUUCUGAGUUCAAAUUCUGCUGAGGUCACUUUUGCAUUUCAUCGCCAGAAGUGGACAUCUUGCUAGCAGUGGCUGUGUUUUGCGGCAUAGAAGACAGAAUUAAAUUCUAAAAAUACACUCAUUUAAAAAAGAAAAUUGGCAUAGCACAGGGAUGGAACACUUGUUGUAUUCAAAUUUUGCAACUGCACAAGAGAUUCCAGAUCUAAUUGUGAUCCCUGGAGGAACAAAACUGUUUGUAGCAGUAGAGGGCAGAAAACUGAGGUGUCAUCACAUUUGUAGUGAAACAAACCAUUUAAAGGCUUUUUGCCCCAGGCAAACGAAAGACAAAACCAUGCUGCUGCAGACCCUUCAAACAUGACAACAACAACAGCAAUAAAAGCAACUGCAACAACACCAGCAGAGGCAGGUGACCACUAGAGUUGCAAAAACAACAGCAGCAACAACAACAAUAAAAGUGGAAACAACAGCAAUGAACAAAACAAACAACUCACCAACAUCUUUGGCUUCCAUACCAGACACCAACAAAAACAACAGCAUCAGAACACCUCAAAACAACUACAACUUUACCAAGAGAACACAAGCAAAAAGCCCUACAAGAUUUGCCUUUUCCCUAUUCCGAACACUCAGAUAUGUCCUGAGACAUGAGAGGAAGAAGAGCCUAAAUAACAAGUUGCCAGGUCAAAAAGAAAAAGAAAAACAAAAAUACAGCAACUAAAAUACAGAAAUCUAGCUGGUAUGAUGACUGAGAAGACACAUUUCAAAACAAACACACAGACACCACCAAAUGCAGCUACACCAGCACCAUCAACAACAACAUUCCCAUCAGUACCAUCACCACAAGCACAACUCAAUUCACAUACAGAACUUGCAGCUCACACAUCCCAACACCUGCAACACACAAUCAUCAACUACACAGCAAUAAAUACAAACAAUAGAGAACUAAUGGCACACAUAUACAACCAUACAGACAUCACAAACACUGAUUUCAUCAUACAAACAAACAACACACUCCCAUGAACAAAAUUUGUCCUAACAUCACAAAAAAAUACAACACAAAAAAAAAAACGAAAUAUCCUGAAGUAGUAGGAGCCUUCAGGAAAGACAUAGACAAAAGACUAUACAAUGAUCUGCUUGUGGAAACAUCCACAAAUAACCACGGCGACCAAACGACUAUCUCCACCUCACCAUUAAAAUCACUUCUAUUUAGCUGGUAACAAAUAAUGCUCCUACUUGAGAAGUUAGAAGAAAAGGAAUCCGGUUGCAAAAAAUGUUCUUCAACAAUAAACAGAUGUCCAAAUUUAUAAAACUAUCCCAAUCUUUGAUAAAUGGAUGUACACAUGCACAUACACACACAACCACUCGUAAUUUGUUUUGUCUCUAUGGAGUAUGCUGAGGUUUUUAUCGGAAUCAAGAUGGCCAUUUCCAGUAGCUUAAAUAUGAGGUCAUUUAUUCGACUAACACCCUCAGAUACAGGAAUGGUCCAAGUAUCUAUAUCUGCUCUUGAAAUAAAUAAAACAUGGUCACUUAAAGAUCUGAAGAAACUGUCAGAAGAAUUUACAGUUGAUGAAUUAGCCCAAAGACCAACAGCGACUGUUUUAAAGAGGUUAAAAUCAUUCUUGGAUAUUACUUCAGAUUCAAUGACCUCCAAACAAAUGUUUAUGAUUUUAUUUCUCUAUCUCUACUUAGCAAUUUGCAUAAACAGCUCACAAAAAGAAUUACCGUCUAUCCAAAUUGCAGUUAUUGCUGAACUUCCUGUUGGUGCUGGUCUUGGCUCAUCUGCUUGUAUUGCCGUAUGUUUAUCAGCAGCUCUCUUACAGCAACAGCAGAUGAUCACCCAUCUUCACAAAAAUACAUUGAACCACCACUGGACUCUGGAAGAUCUGAAAAAAAUUGAUGCUUGGGCUUUUAGAAGUGAGUGUAUAAUUCAUGGAACACCAUCUGGUAUAGAUAACACCAUUUGCACUUUCGGUGGAGCAGUAACAUAUGAGAAUGGUAAAAUACAACCCUUACAGAGAAAUUUUAAACUAAAUGUUUUAAUAAUCAACACUAAAAUACAGAGAAGCACUAGAAAGUUAGUUGAAGGAGUGAAACAAAAAAUGGCCAGAUAUCCUGAGGUUAUGCAAAAAAUUAUGGAUGUGAUCCAUGGAAUAAGUUUGAAGGCCUGCGAAAUUUUAAAUGAAGAAAUUCAUGAAGAUAAACUUUACCCAGUACUUGAGGAACUAGUUGAUUUAAAUCAUUGUCAGUUGGCAGCUCUUGGCGUUAGCCAUCCAUCACUGGAAUAUAUACGAUACAUACUUCAUGAAUUUUCUUUGUCUGCAAAAUUGACUGGAGCUGGAGGCGGUGGAUGCGCUUUUGCUAUCCUUAAUUCUGGUGUCUCUGAAAACCAAAAACUUGCUGCAUUACAAAAACUGAAUGAGUCAGGCUUCCAUGCUUUUGAAACAAUCCUUGGAGGACAAGGUGUCAAAUUAUGCACAUCAGUGGAUGAAAAUCCUUUUACAGAACUCACUGACAUUUAAAAUAUCACAAUAAAAAUCAGAUAUGGUUUAUUUUA